UGUCCGUUACGGCCUCUAAGGGCGCCGGCUGGCAGAAGAUGGGCGGGGAUGUACCGUUCCAGCGGGGAAGAUUCUGAACAGCCCAAAUGAACCUGAAAACAAGGCCCGAAGACAACAAUAUAACAGCGUGUUCGUGAACGAAAGACGUUCACUGACUAUCUUUUUCCCCAUGGAAGCAGAUGGUUUCGUGAGGAAGCGGCGGAUGACAACGGAGACCACAGGCGGAGAUCCCGGGGUCGCAGGAGCCUCUGCCGGGGCUGAAGUUCGAUGGCUGGGGGGCAGGUUCUGGGGAGUUUCGGAAAGUAUCGUGGGAAGUCUGACACCCCGGAUCGGUGGGGAAACAGAACUGCAGAAUGUCGGUUGUAUCUGUAGUGUUCAAGAUGCACAAGCAGAGGACUUUGAGCCGGACUAUGAGGCUCUUCCACGGGGAGCUUCCACUAGCACCCACAUGUUGGCCGGAGCUGUGGCCGGAAUCAUGGAACACUGUGUCAUGUUUCCCAUCGACUGCGUAAAGACUCGCAUGCAGAGUCUGCAGCCUGACCCUGCGGCUCGGUACCGGAACGUGAUGGAUGCCCUCCGCCGAAUAGUGGCCACGGAAGGAGUAUGGCGUCCGUUGAGAGGCCUGAAUGCGACGGCGAUUGGGGCCGGACCUGCACACGCCCUCUAUUUUGCCAGCUAUGAGAAGCUCAAAAAGACUUUGAGUGAUGUCAUUCAUCCAGGGGCUAACAGCCAUGUGGCUAAUGGAGCAGCUGGGUGCGUGGCCACACUGCUUCACGAUGCUGCAAUGAACCCAGCAGAAGUUGUGAAGCAGCGCAUGCAGAUGUAUAACUCCCCGUACCGCGGCGUGCUGGACUGUGUACGCGCUGUUUGGCAGAAAGAAGGCCCGGCUGCAUUCUACCGCAGCUACACCACGCAGCUCACCAUGAACGUGCCCUUCCAGGCUCUCCACUUCAUGACUUACGAGCACCUUCAGGAGCUCCUGAACCCCCACAGACAGUACAACCCUUCGUCCCACAUGCUCUCCGGGGCAUUGGCUGGGGCUAUCGCGGCCGCAGCCACCACACCGCUAGACGUCUGCAAGACCCUGCUCAACACGCAGGAGUCGCAGGCUCUCAGCUCCUCCAGCCACGAAGCCCACAGACACAUCUCUGGCCUGGCCCACGCCUUUCGGACAGUUUAUAGGCUGGGCGGGCUGCGGGGCUUCUUCAAGGGAGUUCAAGCCAGAAUCAUCUACCAGAUGCCCUCUACAGCCAUCAGCUGGUCGGUCUACGAGUUCUUCAAGUAUGGACUCACUGAGCGUCAACACAAGAAGAGGAAAACACACGGAGGCUGAGAUAAAGUUGUCUCACUUGCUUAAAACUCCUCUAACGGUGUUCUUCUGAGCUGUGAGGAAUUAAUGCGCACAUAGAACCUCUGCCAAACAGCAGAUAAGACCUCUUCACGGCAGUUUGAGUAGUUCUGUCUGAGACGCAGUUUCAAGAGUAUUUCUAACUUCAGUUGAUCUCUUAUAGGAGAAAAACAUGCUGGCAGUUUUGUUGAGCUUGCUCAUCAUCCCCCCCCCCCCCCCCCCCAAAUUGAUCCACUUUAAGGCAUUAAGAAAUUGAAAAACAGCCUGCAGGGGGCAGUGUUGUUGUUUUAUGUCAGCUUUUGCAGCAUCUGCUACUUGUUGAUCACCAAACUAAUCCAUUUCCCACAUGAAAAAAACAACAACAUCUUUGUCAUUUAUAUUUCCUGCUGUGCAGUUGUUCAACCAAAGUUAAUUAGAAGAAAAUUGAAUUUGAGAAGAUGUUUCUUACAAUCCCAAUUUGUCCCCCCCCCUGAUUAAAUAUUAAUGUCCAGAAAUGUGGAGUGAAACUGGAUAACUGUUUCACUGAUGUCAUCAGUUUAUAUGCAAGCUCCUUACUAGUCAUUAAUUUAUUUGUUUUCCCCUUUAUCUGAAUUUAAAAAACAAAUUGUUACCAAUUCAAUUGGGCAAUAAAAAUAUAAAUAUAUGUAAUUUAGAGCAAUACAAUUUAUUGUUUCUUUUUUACUGUCAUUUUGCAGUCUGACAGAGAACAUUAGUGCAGCUUUCUCUGCAAAUGUUGUGCACAUGUAUGCAUGACAUGACAGUCCUACUUAUAGACAAUUUAGUUUUUUUGAAAUGUCAUUUCCAUGAUUCAUUGACACUGAAUUGCACUCUCUGAAUAAAGUCUCUGCAGGAGGACUCCUACUCACUGCUCAAAUAAAA